AAACACGCUGAUCGGAAGUCAGUGAGCGGGGCUAACGCUAGCGCUCGAUCGAGGGGCGAUGCCUCCUCGGGAAACCGACCCAGAGUCAGCGUCGACGAGGGGCCGGCGGUGUGUUGUCACGGGACGAUGCGCCACAAAGAGGCCGAAAAAAGUAAACACACGGCGAGGUGGGAGAAGAAGCUAGUGGCGACGGGGAUGUGCGACCAGCGGCGGCGGCUAACGGACCCAGCUAACGACUUGUCCCACUGAGACAAGGAGCCCCGGGUUGUCCCCCUGGAAGAUAUUUAACGAGAGCACCGGAGGAAGAUGUCUCCUCAGGAAAGAUGGAGCUGCUUUGUUUCCGGUUGCCGGGUCACGGGGACAAGACCCUGAAGCACAUGAAUUCACUGAGGUUCCGCCAGCAAUUCUGUGACAUCACCAUCGUGGCUAGCAACAACCAGACAUUCAAGGGACAUAAGGUGGUGCUUGCUGCCUGCUCGCCUUUCUUGAGGGACCAGUUCCUCCUCAACCCGUCCCCGAGGCUUCAGGUGUCAAUGCUGUAUAGCUCUCGGGUUGUGUGUGACCUGCUCCAAUCUUGCUACACUGGUACACUGCAGUUUAACCCAGAGGAGAUCGUCAACUACCUGACGGCUGCCAGCUAUCUGCAGAUGGAGCAUAUUGUGGAGCACUGCAGAGGAGCUCUGAAGAAGUACAUCCAGUUAAAGAACCCCAGUCCACCAAAGGUGACUGCAGAGGAGAGUCCAUCUCAACCAGUGAUCGUCAGUGGAAGCAUUCAUACUAUUGCAUCACCCCCCACCAGCCGGCCCUCCCCUGUGGACCCACACAGUCCAGCAGGACGAUCGGGGGAGGAGAACAGCGGUGACGUGUCUGCUCAGGGCAGCAGUCAACACCACGAUGACAGUCCUGCUCUGGAUGACCCAUGUAUUAAGGUUAAUGCAUCAGACGAGGAGGAAGAGACCAGACCAGGAGACUAUGACGUGUUUAGAGUGUAUGUCUCCGAAGAGGAGCAGAUGAACAGAGACAGGGAGGAGGAGAUGGGAGCUCCCUCUGAUGGACCUCAAGAUGCUUGUUUCCCAGAGACAGAUGGUCUUGUGAUCGGAGGAGAAGGCAGCGAAUACGACUUGGAUCAAAGCAAAGUGGAUCUCAGCACUGGGGGCGUUACAAUGGAGGGUCUCCGUGCUUUCAGGCGCAGACUGUCCGACCCGAAAAUUGGACGGGGCAGAGCGAGUGGCCGGGGGAGGGGUUUAAAAAGGAGAAAGUGGGCAUCAUCUCAAGAGAAAAGACCUCUGGGCAUGGCUCACCACCAGGAUCUGUGGUACAUGGCAACAGCUGGAUUAGAAGGAGGUAUUGGGCUGGACUACAACCAGGAAGGGCUGAAGACAGGAAGUUACUUACCAGUCGACCUCCCACAGUUAGACUUCAAUGUGGGCGACACUCAGGGAGAAAAAGUUUCACCACUGGCAGGCAGCAGUUUGAACCAGUAUUCUCUGGAGGAGUCGAGCAGUGGCGCUGGUGAGGGGAGUUCAGGGCUGACGAGUGUUGGAACAAACGAAGGAGGGGAUGAGUCCGUCGCAGUUGUGGGAUCCACGUCAAGCGUAUCAGGGCCUGUAAUAUGUGAGCACUGCGGCAUGACUUUCCCCACCGCUCACUCUCUAGCCGUCCACUCCCGCUCCACGCACCUGCUGUACGUCUGCCCCUGCUGCGGCAAACACUUCCACCACUCGGCCAACUUCACCCGGCACAUGGCCGUGCACCGGGGCGCUGGCAAAACUCACCAGUGUCCCCUGUGUUAUAAGACUUUCACUCAAAAAUCCACACUAAUAGAUCACAUGAACCUCCACAGUGGCGAGCGCCCACACCACUGCGCCUACUGCCAUGCCCGGUUUGCUCACAAGCCCGCUUUACGACGCCACCUGAAGGAGCAACACGGAAAGACCACCGGGCAAAACUCCCUGUAUGAGCAGGAGGAGAUUGAGAGGGCGAGGGGGGCAGCUGGAAGAAUACGAGAGGAGGAACAAGAAUGUCUGGUGACUGAACAAGUGUCAUAGGCCAACAUUUUAAACACAGUAAAGUGUCUCGACUAAAGUUGCUGUCCAGUGGAGGGAUCACUGACUUUGAGGCCUUUUAAAAUCACAGACUGUGAAAAUGAAAUGUUUUUCAAAUUUGCAUAUAUUAAUAAAAGUACAGGUGGAAUGAGAGUAACAGCGGCUCGGAAACAACAUGAACUGUGAAAAACCCUGAAACUGGAAAGAGAAAUGGAAUCCAGCUGCUCUCAGUUUCAUUAUUCACACCUGUGCUUUUCCUACUGUCAUAAUGUGCCCAUUCAUUUUAACGUGUGUUAGAAUAGUUCAAUUCAGAAUAUGAUCUUAAACUUGAAUCUAUAUCAGACGUGUUCAGUGUUGUUACUGACCACAGUUAGGAGUGUAAAUAUUCAUUCACAUGUCUCUUCUCUGUUUGAUGUUGAUAUUACUCACGUGUAUAAUUUCCUGACAUGGCCCAGUGCACAUCAAAGCAGCUACACAGCCACAGUCCUCCCACACGUGUUUCAACUGAACGAUGCUCGAUUAGACGUCUUAUCAAAACUGGGAUUGUUGUCGUGCAGGUCGGUUAACACUACACAGAUUACAGUGAAUUGUGUAGUUUCUACUGGAUAAAUAGAAAACACUCAGAGCUUCUAUAAAGGUUUCAAACAAUGUAUAAAAGAUUUGAAGAUGUAAUACGAUUUCUUCCUUUGUAGCAAA